AUGUCCUUUACCUCAGCCCUGCAGCAGGUAUCCAACCAGCUGACGUCCGUGCUGGCCACGGGCAAGUUGCAGACCAAUACAGAUGCGUAUAUUAUUGCAAGUUCGAAACGGAGCGAGAUUAGCGAGCUGAGGGCGCAACUCACGAGUCAGAGCAAGGAAAAGAAGAAGACUGCGCUUAAGAAGGUGAUUGCCAGCAUGACGCUGGGCAAAGACGUGUCCAGUCUGUUCACAGAAGUCGUAAACUGCAUCCAAACUACCAACGUGGAGCUUAAGAAGUUGGUUUAUCUUUACUUGAUCAACUUUGCCCGCAUUCGACCGGACUUGGCUGUGCUCGCCAUCAAUACCUUCCGCAAGGACUGCCAGGACCAAAACCCAAUAGUUAGAGCAUUGGCCAUCCGGACACUCGGCUGUAUCAAGCUGCACACGUGUGUGGAAUAUGUUAUAGACCCUCUCCAAAAAUUAUGCCAAGACCCCGAUCCCUACGUCCGCAAGUGCGCUGUCAUUUCUGUCGGCAAAGUUUACGAUACCAAUCCCCAAAUGUGCCUUGACAAUGGUCUUGUACACAUGCUUAAAAAUAUGCUGCAACAAGAGACCAGUCAUUUAGUCAUCGUCAAUAUACUAGCCACUCUACAGGAGAUUGCGCAACCUGGAGAUCCACUUGUUCUGGACACCAGAACAGUCCAACGCCUGAUAAGCUCGUUGUCGGAAUGCGGGGAAUGGGGACAAGUUAUUGUCCUAGACGCUAUUUCUACUUGCUAUAACCCACCCACAAAUCAAACCCGAGAAAUCAUGAUAGAUAAACUCACAAGUCGAUUGACACACAACAACGCGGCGGUCGUUCUAGCUGCAGUGAGAUUAAUUAUCAAGUUGAUUUUAGAGUUGGAUAAUAACGAAGUCAUGCUUCAAAAUACCCUGGAAAAAAGAAUCGUGCCCGCUCUCACAUCUCUGUUAGCGUCGGAAACCCCCGAAAUUGCUUACAGCAUCCUCCGAAACAUAAGAAUCAUUCAAACGAAAUUCCCCCAAAAUUCGUUUGCAAACGAUUUUCGCGCUUUCUACGUAAAGUUUAAUGAUCCUCCUUAUAUUAAAUACGAGAAGCUGGAAAUGAUGACGGCAUGUGCAAUAGCCAAUACUGACCCUAAGGCCGUCCAGCACAUAAUUAACGAGUUGAUAGAGUACUCUUUGGAGGCUGAUCUCGAUUUUGUUCGACGGAGUGUGCGCGCACUAGGCAGGGCCGCCCUGCUGCUCCCGUCGCAUUGCAACAGCAUUGUGGUUGCGCUCAUGAAUGCGCUAGACAUGGCUGCAGUCGUCGACGAAGUCGUGGUGGUUAUGAGCGACAUUCUGCGAAGGUUUCCUGGUCAUCAUACCGCUGCGGUGCCCGCUAUCGUGGCUGCAGCGGAGCACGUGGACUGUGAUUCGGCGAAGCAAGCGACGAUCUGGAUUUUGGGAGAAUUUUGCGAGUCUGUGCCGGAGUGUUUGCCGGCUUUGGAAGCGCACAUUCAGUCAUGUGCCUCGGAGUCAGAAGAGGUCCAAAUCCAACUUUUGAGAGCGACAGCGGCCGUGGCGGUGAAACUGAGAAAGCGCGCUUUGUUCAACAACUGCGUGACAGAACUGAGCGACGGCGGCAAAAUCGGGAUUCGAGCCGGGGGUGCGGCGGUCCGGAGUGCGUACAAGAAUGCGAGCCAGAAUGCGCCCCAGAGUGCGUACAAGGUGGGUUGCAAAAGCGUAGUCCUGUUGGAACGCGUGGCGUUCUACACACAGUUAUUGGACGGCGACCAGACCUUCGCCAAAGAGGUUAUUUGUCGACCAAAGCCGCCGAUCAGCACAGAGUUUCUGCACAUGCCUUCGGAGUUAGUGGACUGUCUGAUUGCCAACAUCGGCAACACAGCUUCGGUCCUGCAUGACUACCCCGAAACUUUCGUGGCCAAAAUUCGCGACAAAGAUGCCAUGCGCGGCGCCACGGUCCUGGAAGAUAGCGACGAUGACGAGAACAGGGAGGUCAUCAGCGGUCGCGGUUCCGUGCGCAGACACGACACUGGCGAACGACCGGAGACCGGAGAGGCGCGUGGAAGUGAUACCGGCGGUAGUCUGCCGAAUUAUUUGGAUGGACCGGAGCAUAACAUCCGGGCGGACACUCAUUCGGGGAGAGAUUUGUUGGAAGGCGUCCCGGGUGAUGAGCCUCAGGUGUUGUACGGCGAUGGUCAGUAUACGAUCCGGGGCAACGUGGCUCGACUGAGUGCAGACGACCGGCGCGUGAAUCUGUGUGUUGCGCCCGCUGAAGGAGCUGGGACAGACGAAGGCGCUCCUAGCCCCAGUUGGUCUGUGACGAUCGACAAGAACUCCUUCGGUCUGCAGGUCGCCCAGGGUGCCGUGGUCGCUGCCGAUAGCCGAACACACUCGCUACGGUUAGAGGAACUCGACAACUACUCAGGCGAACCGCCCAUCCCGCCCCUCACCCUUACCGCACACAUCGGCAACCUUUGCUCCGUACCCAUCCCCUACUCCGUCCUACACCUCCUUACCGACCGACGAGCCGUACCCAAGGACACCUACAAGAAACACUGGACGCGUAUGGGAGAAACGAGACAACUCAGCUUCUUCGCUUCCAACGCAGGCAACACGCCAGUCGACGUUCAAAAAGCCAUUGCCUCCCUCGACCAAGCCUUCCUUAGACUCGUCACCAAAAGCGAAGCACCCACUCACUCUACUCUGUAUCUGUCGGCUGUGACCAUCAAUAAACUUCUUAUCCUCUGCGAGUACUCCUUCCAGUCUGACGCGCCCGGCAUCCUCAUCAGCAUGAGGGCAGACGCGCCCAUGGUUGCGCAACUGGUGGCAGACGACCUCUGCGCGCUCAUGAACUGGGUCAAGAAGGUGUGA